GGUUAUUGGCGUCAAGAUGGCGAUGGAGAUGAGGCUUCCCGUUGCUCGCAAGCCUCUUAGCGAGAGCCUGGGCCGUGAGACGAAAAAACACCUGGUAGUGCCGGGGGACACGAUCACCACGGACACAGGGUUCAUGCGGGGCCAUGGGACCUAUAUGGGGGAAGAGAAGCUCAUUGCAUCUGUGGCUGGCUCUGUGGAGAGAGUAAACAAGUUGGUCUGUGUGAAAGCUUUGAAAACCAGAUAUAAUGGUGAAGUGGGAGACAUUGUAGUGGGGAGAAUCACAGAGGUUCAACAGAAGAGGUGGAAGGUGGAGACCAACUCCAGGCUGGAUUCAGUCUUGCUUCUCUCAUCCAUGAACCUUCCCGGAGGAGAGCUGAGGAGAAGAUCUGCAGAAGAUGAGCUGGCGAUGAGAGGUUUCUUGCAGGAAGGGGACCUUAUCAGUGCUGAGGUCCAGGCAGUGUUCUCUGAUGGAGCUGUCUCUCUACACACGAGGAGUCUCAAAUACGGGAAACUAGGUCAGGGCGUUUUGGUUCAGGUCUCCCCCUCCCUGGUGAAACGGCAGAAGACUCACUUCCAUGACUUGCCAUGCGGUGCCUCAGUGAUUCUGGGCAACAACGGCUUCAUCUGGAUCUACCCAACACCUGAGCACAAAGAAGAGGAUGCAGGGGGCUUCACUGCAAACCUGGAGCCUGUCUCCCUUGCUGAUCGAGAGGUGAUCUCCCGGCUUCGGAACUGCAUCGUCUCGCUGGCAACUCAGAGAAUGAUGCUGUAUGAUACCAGUAUCCUGUAUUGCUAUGAAGCAUCCCUUCCACAUCAGAUCAAAGACAUCUUAAAGCCAGAAAUAAUGGAGGAAAUUGUGAUGGAAACACGCCAGAGGCUUUUAGAACAGGAGGGAUAAGGAGAAGCAUCUGAAGGACAGGACUGUGUGUACCUGACCGGAGCAGUCCUUGAAAGUGAACAGUUUGCCUGGUGGUCCCCAUGUGCAGCUCAGUGAAGACCUGGGGAGCUCAUCACUUUACCUACAAGGGGCCGCCUCCACCCUGAAGACCUGCUUUCUCCUGUUUUAAGGCAAAGCCUGGGGGAAGGUGAACAGCACUGCCGGCCCCUUGGGUUGCCCACAGAGUUUUGGUACUAGGGUAGUUUCAGGCCUUAAAAGCACUCAGUGUUCCAGCCGAGUGGACUCCUAUCCUGGAAU